GAGAGGAGAGAGAGAGCAUUGUCGAAAUGUGUAUUUGAAUUGUAAAUGACUCUUACAUAGCGAUAAAAAUGCGUGAUUCCUGUUUAUGUGGCAGGCAAAUGGAAUUAACGAAUGGAUUUUCUUGAACAUGCCUCCUGGAUGCCUUCUCACGUGAAGGGGACACAGAUGUGGAUCAAAACGCAUAUAUGUGACUCUCAACUGCAUGGAGAAAGGUUUCAGAGCCAAAGACUGGGAGAGGCUGUCAUAUCACAUCUGAGGGAAUAAUAGCCACUCCUGACCUACUAUGAAGAACAAUCUUCAGGGAAAUUAUGCCCAAUCAAGACAUGAAAAUUCAGAAAAGCACUGGUGGAUCAUGUGAUACUUGACAUUUAAAGAGGCAAACUCCAUCGAAUGUCUAAUAAGAUCUUCAACUUUUCUCAGGAGUAUCACCUACCUCGUCAAGCACUUCAUGUUGUUUGCUAAUAUGCACACAUCAUGGCCAAGUGAAGAGGACUAUGUAUCAAUGCUGGAUUUUCAUUUGUAGGGGAGUACCAAACAAUACCACGUGAAUAAAAAUAGAUUUUCCCCAACGGUAAAGUGCCAAUGACAAAGACAGGAGUAGGGUCAUUCAACUCUGGAAGUUGGCUUUGAAUUAAGUAGUGUGCCUGACAACCUAUGGUGGACUUGCCGUGAGCCAGAGAAGGGAUUCAGCAGUGGAGGAUGUCAGCAGAGGCCGAGCUCCAGCCGGGUUUCAAAACCAUCCAACGAAAGGAGUUGAGGAGGCUCAAAGGUCAGGAUCGCACCGAGGCAGGGCUUAUCAAGCGUUUCCGUGGAGAUGGUGUGCGCUAUAAAGCCAAGCUGAUUGGGAUUGAUGAAGUGACAGCAGCACGUGGGGACAAGCUGUGUCAGGACUCCAUGAUGAAGCUCAAGGGUAUGGCUUCCUCAGCACGUUCCAAAGGGGAGCACAAGCAGAGAGUCUUCUUGACAGUCUCUUUCGGUGGGAUCAAGAUUUAUUGUGAAAGAUCAGGGGUGCUCCAGCAUCAGCACUCAGUCCAUGAAAUCAGUUACAUUGCCAGGGACACCAGGGACCACCGGGCUUUUGGAUAUGUUUGUGGAAAAGAAGGCUCCCACAGGUUUGUCGCCAUCAAGACUGCCCAAUCGGCGGAGCAUCUCAUUAUUGACCUGCGAGACCUCUUUACACUCAUCUUUGACAUUAAGCAGCGGGAGGAGUUGGAAAAAAAGGCUCAUAAAGACAAACACUGUGAUCAGGCGGUCUACCAGACCAUCCUUGAAGACGAAGUAGACGAUCCAGUUUACCAGUACAUAGUGUUUGAGGCUGGACAUGAACCCUUCCAUGGCCCCCAGUCAGAGGAGACUGUUUAUCAGGUCCCAAGCAGUCAACAGAGGGAAGGGAUCUAUGAUGUCCCAAAACGCCAUUUCAUGACUAAUAUCAACCACUUUGAUCUUUUUGGGGACAUGUCAACUCCUCCUUCGAUGCCGCCGUCACCUGCCAACUCACUGGACCCAAGCAGGAGCAGCCGGCAGCAGCAGCAGCAGCAGCAGCAGCAGCCACACAACCCUGCAGAUAUGUAUGCCCCUUUCAGCUCCACGUCUGUGCCAUCUGGUUAUAUGACCAUGGGCCCAGUGCAGUCAUCCCAGUGGGCCCAGCAGCCGUUUCAUGGCCAGUCUCAGACUCUCGCCUUCCCCGUACAAGGUUCUCUGCAGGUUGCUCAAGUCCUUCCUGGUGGCCAGCCUAUCCUCUGGAGCCAGGCUAACAUAUUCCGAGCCACCCAGCAGCAAUGGGCAGCCAUGGCAGCAUACAUGCCGGCCGAGACUAUGAGUGUGGGGAGCCACGCAGUUCAGGCUGCCAUGCUCCAAAGCUUAGUGCCCAUUCCCACCAUGUGCUCCCAAGCCUGCAACCUUUCCUCCCCCUCCUCAGCAAUCACCAGCCCACAGCACACAGCUGACUCCAUCCCGCUUCAGAGGCAGCUCAGCCUGGGAAAAGACAGCUUAAGCAUUGAUUUGGAUGCAGGGGAAGGCCCGUCUACAUUGGGGUCCAGUGGGAUGCCAGUGAACAGGUGUGCAACCCCAGGCCUUGUUGACGCAACUGACAGCCUUGUUGGGAGUCAACUACCGUUGCCCCCUGCUGCUGCCACGCAAGAAGAUGAAGGCAGUGACCUUGAUUUCUAUCGAAUGACUUUAAGCGCCACUUCUCCAUCUACUGAAUCACCACCCGCUCGAGCUCCUCAGCAAAGCUCAUCCUCACCCUGUCCCAGGACUCACACGAGUAUCCUCCCAACAGACAACCUCCAUGUCAAGUCUGAGGGUACCAUCUCCAACCAUGCCAAGGAGGAUCAAUCGGACUCCACUGUUACAAGGCCAAUAUCUCCUUUGCCCAGGGGAGCAAGUGAUCCGUCUGAGAAUCCAUCGGACGUUUCCGCAGGAAGGCAGCUAGGGAACAAGCUUGGAAGGAGCGAUGGAAGCUGAAAGGGUCAAAAAAGAAACUUGAAAGAACUCAAGGAAAGGAGAGAUUAGGGCUAUGAACAUUUCUAACAGAUGGGUUACAGAAGUGACCCUGUUUUUUGUUUGUUUUAUUGUAUACGGCUAGUGGUCAAAUGAGCUGGCCCUAUAAUGAACUCCUCAGCCUAGUGAAGCAACCUGUGUACCAUCCAAUCAAGUAAUCUUUCAGCCCGGAAGUGACCUUUCAACGUUGCAGGAAUAAGUCAAACAGCUGAUAUGAUGUUGCUCACUAAUAAAUAUUGUUUUUCAAGAACAGCAACAUUCUAAAUGUGUAACCUUUGCUCUGUGGACCUCCACCAGCAAAGAUGCUGAUAACUGUGAACUGAUGUGUCAUGUAUUCACGGGGUGACCAUGCCAGUACAUUCAGCACGAGCGAACUUUAUUUGAAAUUAACAGGCUAAAUGUAGAAAGAAGCGGGUGUUUGCGUUCCUCAAGGUCAUAAUCACAUCAACACUGUGUUAUUUUAUUUGUUAUGUUGCUAGUUCUUAGCUCAUCUCUUGGCUGGUAACAACAACUUUGAGAAAAUUCAAUUCAAUUCAAUUUUAUUUGUAUAGCCCUAAAUCACAACAAGGUUGUCUCAAAGGGCUUUGCAGAGGCAAUAUGAUGCACAGUUAGAAACAGCAAAUGAAGUAAACAGAGAUGAAUUAAUAAAGUUCAAGUCCUGGGCAUCCCCCAUCCUUGGAGCCUCCAUGUCGGCAAAGAAAAACUCCAAAAACUCCUAGCUCUUUGGGAGAAAAUGAGAAACCUUGGGGAGUACCACAGUCAGGAGAGAUUCACUCCCAGGACGGAUAAACAGGAUGCACCAGCACCGCUAAUAGGAAUUAGCAGAUGGGGUUACAGUAUGUAAAGAGAGAAAAACAUUAAGUGUUAAUGUACAGUGGUACCUCAACAUACGAUCGUUUCGACAUCCAAUCUUUUCAACAUUUGACGUAAAAUUUGACUCGCCAUUUGUUUCUACAUCCAACGACAUGCUUGAAAUAUGAUGAUUUACUGCAGCGUCACAAUUUCAUUGUUUUUCCAAAGCAUGGCGAGUUUUCUUUUGAAAAAAAUCAACAUGGGUCCCAAAACAGUUGGUACAAGUGGGGAAAAUUUGAAAAAAGGGAUGCUUACAAUUGAAAUUGAGAAAGAUGAUUGAGAAAUAUGAGCGGGUUGUACGCAUUAGUGAGUUGGCUUGACAAUACGGCCGGAAAAUGUCUCGAUGGUUCCCAAGGAGACAGAAGCUACAAAGAUUGUCAAAGCAUCCACUGGGACUUCUAUCCUGUCGAAACAUUGUAGCGUUAUUUUGGAGAAGAUGGAAGGCUUUUUUACUAAUUUGGAUUAAGGAUAAAGAGAUCACUGGUGAUUCAGUCACUGAAGCAACAAUAUGUCACAAAGCCUGCUCCUCCCUCCUGCACCUUCGCCUCCGUUUGCCACUCCAUAAAUUAAGGUGACAAUAAAAACGCUUAAUUAUUUUUUCAUUUUGAACUAGUUUUUGUUUUAUAUGUGCAUUUGUUUAAUUGUAAUGCGGUCAUAUCCUCCCUCCUGCAACUACACACCUGCUGUCUCCUUCGCCUCCAUUCGCAACUCUCUGUUAAGGUGACAAUAAAAAUGCUUUUUUAUUACUGAUUGCUUAUUGUGAUUAUUAUUAUUACUAUGUGUAUUUGCUAUUUGUAAUUGUACCUGCAGGUAUUAGAGUGGGCUUUUGGGCUGUUGAACAAAUUAAUCGAAUUAUAAUGUAUUCUUAUGGGAAAAUCUCGCUCGACAUACAACCAUUUCUAUUUACAAAUUAGGUCCUGGACUGAAUUAAAUUCGUAUGUAGAGGUACCACUUUACAAAUGUUAUGAAUUCUUAUUUUAAAAAGAAAGAAAAAAAACACUUUACAUCUUAUAACCAUUAGAUUAUGUGCCACAUAAUAGUCUAGUUAGAUGCAUCUCAGCCUUUAAAAUCUUUUGCUGACAUCAUUUCUCUUUUUUCUGGAAUUGUCAUUGUGUUAUAUUGGUGAGAUAUGAAUUGUGAGUCUUUGUUACAUGCUUGAUUAAAAUAAGGCCUGCUGUACCUACUGUAUGUAGCUCAUUGGACAAUAAUAGGUUUUGCCUAAAGAGGAUUUAUGGUAUAUUAUAUAUCCAAAGGUCUCUUCUUUAAAAGGUCACAUGAUUUUUUCCCCUGGUAAAUACAUGACUGACUCCAAUACAUCUUGUUGUUGUUUUUAUCUUUUCUGUUUUUUGGGAACACUGUGUGUCCACUUUACUUGAGCAAAUGGCUAAAAUAAAUUUUUAUAUGAUAUAUCAAUCAAAAGAAAUAGAACUAUAAACUGUGAGAGCUACAAACUAAAACUGUAUGCCCCAUAUUGUGUAAGAAAACAUUAAAUAGUCCAAAAUAUUUUGUAUUUAGGAAUUUAAGUGAUUUCAAAGAGAGAAAAAAAGUGACUUUUGUACUUAUACUCCCCAUACACUGUCCCCUUGCCAUGUGCCACUGUUACUGUAAGUCACAAAUAAACUAAAAUGUGAUUGCCAAUUUA